CACACUUCUUGAAAGUCACCUUACCUGUUUUAUUGCACCUGUAGAGGAGGAGUCUCUCUGAUCUGAGUUUAACUGAUAAAAGUAUUCAGAGUUCAGACUCCAUGUUGGUGGACGGAGCAGCAGAGACCAGAUUCAAAGGUCGGUGUUUCUGGUUCAUGUCUCUGAAUGACUGAAGUCCAGAAGAUGGAGGAUUGUGUGGAGGAAGAGGAGGAGAGACCAGAGUCUCCAGGAUCCAUCAGUGUCUCUAUGAAGAGUGACCUGUCUAAAGAUUUACCUCUACACUUCAGUGAAGAACCUGGACCUUCAGACACAAAAGGUUGGUACCGCAAUCAGAGACCAGAGUCUCCAGGAUCCAGCUGUCUGUCUCUGAAGAGUGACCGGUCCAUGCACCAACCUUUACAGUUCAGUAGCUCAAGAGGUUGGUACCGCAAUCAGAGACCAGAGUCUCCAGGAUCCAGCUGUCUGUCUCUGAAGAGUGACCGGUCCAUGCACCAACGUUUACAGUUCAGUAGCACAAGAGGUUGGUACCGCAAUCAGAGACCAGAGUCUCCAGGAUCCAGCUGUCUGUCUCUGAAGAGUGACCGGUCCAUGCACCAACCUUUACAGUUCAGUAGCACAAGAGGUUGGUACCGCAAUCAGAGACCAGAGUCUCCAGGAUCCAGCUGUCUGUCUCUGAAGAGUGACCGGUCCAUGCACCAACCUUUACAGUUCAGUAGCUCAAGAGGUUGGUACCGCAAUCAGAGACCAGAGUCUCCAGGAUCCAGCUGUCUGUCUCUGAAGAGUGACCGGUCCAUGCACCAACGUUUACAGUUCAGUAGCUCAAGAGGUUGGUACCGCAAUCAGAGACCAGAGUCUCCAGGAUCCAGCUGUCUGUCUCUGAAGAGUGACCGGUCCAUGCACCAACCUUUACAGUUCAGUAGCUCAAGAGGUCGGUACUGCAGUCAGAGACCAGAGUCUCCAGGAUCCAUCUGUCUGUCUCUGAAGAGUGACCGGUCUAAAGAUCUUCCUCUACACUUCAGUAAAGAACCUGGACCUUCAGACACAAAACGGAGCUCAGACCAGUCGACUUCAUUGGAAAAUCUGGGACAUGGAAUAAGAUCCAGAGCAAGCUCUCCACAAGCAGAUGCUGGUCUGCAGCAGGUCCUAGAUGAACAUAAGACCAGUCUGAGGAGCAGAUGUGAACAUGUGACUGAAGGAACUGAUGAAACAGGAAGUAGAACCCUCCUCAACAGGAUCUACACGGAGCUCUUCAUCACAGAGGGACUGAGUGAAGAGGUUGAUACCCAACAUGAGGUGAUGCAGCUGGAGACAGCUUCCAGGAUGAAGAGCCACCAUGACGCUCCAAUCAGGUGCCAGGACAUCUUUAAAGCCUUACCUGACCUACGUGGAGCCAUCAGAGUGGUUCUGACCAACGGCGUCGCUGGUGCUGGGAAAACCUUCUCGGUUCAGAAGUUCUCUCUGGACUGGGCCGAGGGCUCGGGGAACCAAGACGUCACCAUGGUGAUUCUGCUCUCGUUCAGGGAGCUGCACCUGAUCGGAGAUGAGCAGCUCAGUCUUCUCAGGCUGAUCAAGGACUUCCAUCCAUCGUUCCAGAAGCUCACAGCAGAGCAGCUGGCUGCCGGGAAACCCUUGUUCAUCUUUGACGGCCUGGAUGAAAGCAGACGUUCCCUGGACUUCAACAACGGUCCGGUGGUGUCUGACGUCACACAGAGCUCAUCGGUCAACGUGCUGCUGACCAACCUCAUCCAGGGGAACCUGCUUCCCUCAGCUCUCAUCUGGAUCACUUCCAGACCUGCAGCAGCCAAUCAGAUCCCUCACAAACACGUGGACAGGGUGACAGAAGUACGAGGCUUCACCGACGGCCAGAAGGAGGAAUACUUCAGGAGGAGGUUCAGGGAUGAAGAGCGGUCCAGCAGCAUCGUCUCCCACAUGAAGACAUCCAGAACCCUCCACAUCAUGUGUCAACUCCCGGUCUUCUGCUGGAUCACUGCUACAGUUCUGGACCACAUGUUGACCACAGAGCAGAGAGGAGAGCUGCCCAAGACCCUGACUGACAUGUUCUCCCACUUCCUGCUGGUCCAGACCAAGAGGAAGAAGAACAAGUACCAGGAGGGACAUGAGACGAGUCCACAGGAGCUGACGGAGGCUGACAGGGACCUUCUCCUGAAGCUGGGGAGGCUGGCGUUUGAACAUCUGGAGAAAGGAAACAUCAUGUUCUACCAAGAAGACCUGGAGCAGUGUGGUCUGGAUGUCCCAGAGGCCUCGGUGUACUCAGGAGUUUGUACCCAGAUCUUCAGGAGAGAGUGUGAGGUCUUCCAGAAACCCGUCUACUGCUUUGUUCAUCUGAGCAUCCAGGAGUUCCUGGCUGCAGUCUACCUGCUCCACUGUUGGUCCACCAGGAACAUAGAUGUGCUGAAGAACUUCCUGGGAAAAGAUUCAGAUGAAUCCAUGGAUGACUUCCUGCGAGGAUUCUACACAUACUCAUCUCUGGAUGACUUCCUGAAGAGAGUCAUGUGGAAAUCCCUGUACAGUAAAAAUGGCCACCUGGACCUGUUUGUCCGCUUCCUUCAUGGUCUUUGUGUGGAGUCCAACCAGAGACUGUUGGGAGGUCUGCUGGACCAGACGGAGAACGAUCCAGGAACCAUCCAGAGAAUCAUCAACAACCUGAAGAAGAUGAACACUGGCAUUAUCUCUCCUGACAGAAGCAUCAACAUCUUCCAGUGUCUGGUGGAGAUGAACGACCUCUCAGUUCAUCAGCAGAUCCAAGAGUUCCUGAAGUCAGAGAACAGAUCAGGGCAGGAACUCUCUGAGAUCCAGUGUUCAGCUCUGGCCUACAUGCUGCAGAUGUCAGAGGUUCUGGAUGAGUUGGACCUGAGCAAGUACAAGACAACACCAGGGGGGCGACUGAGACUGAUUCCAGCUGUGAGGAACUGCAGAAAGGCUCGAUUUGUUGGUUAUGAUCUCUCAGAGACUCACUGUGAAGUUGUUGCGUCCGCUCUGAAGUCCAACCCCUCCCAUCUGACACAACUGGACCUGAGUAAGAACUGGUCCCUGGGGGAUUCAGGAGUGAAGGUUCUGUGUGGUGGACUGGAGAGUCCAAACUGUAGACUGGAGACUCUGAG